AUGCAAAACGAGUCCUUGAACGCUCUUAAAGAAAGUCUCUUGAAAGCAGUCGAUACCAAUUACAUUGUCAUUAAGGAAGAUGCCGUACUUGAUAUUAUAUCACAAUUGGAGAACAACCAAAUCACGAAACAUCAGUUGCAAACGACUAGACUCGGACGUGAAAUUAAUGAUAUCCGACGAAAAACGACGAAUCGUGAAAUUGCUCAACGUGCAAAAAAGCUCUUACGUACAUGGCAGGAUUUAUUGCAAAAUUCGGCACCAACAGCAGCGACAGUUUCAAACAAUGAACAAACUCCGAUAAAUGGUGAUUUAUUACAUUAUUCUCAUUCAUCGUCAACAGCAACGACCACUGUAAAAAAUUCAUCAAACCAACAACAACCUGAUGGAGGUGCAGGUGACUCAGAUAAUAAUACAAGAGACUCCGUCUUCGAUGCUGCCUUUUCGUCAUCCUCAUCUCAUGGACCACUAAUAUCUCCGGCCGUCGCACCAGUUCCUGUAUCUCAACCACCCAUUAAAUUGAAAAUUAAAAUCACGCCACCAUCGACUGCUGCCAAUGAACUACAGAAUCCUCUCAUGGAACAAUCGACACCAGCUAGUAAAGCACGGCCGAGAAAAAGACGAUUGGAUCCAUCACCAUCAACAGAAGUUCAGGUACAAACAAAAAAACCUCAUAUUAAUGGGCGAUCCUAUUCUUCGUCGACGCCAACAUCUUCACAGGGUAUUAAACAACGAAAAAGUACCAAACAACAUCUGGAUACAUCAGAAACAGUCCAUUAUAAUAGCAAUAAUAACAAUAAUAAUAAUACGGUGAUUCCUUCUUCGUCUCUUCCAAAAUUGAAAACUACUCAACAAUUAAUAUUAGAAAUGCAAAUGAAACAACCACAUGUUCUAUCUACUCAAUCACCAACAAUAAAUGCAAUAUUGAAAAAUCAAAUUAAAGAUGAAAGUUUAAACGAUAAUGAUAAAGUCGAUUAUUCAGCUUUACAUCAUGGACGACAUAUGACUACAACUACUCCAUUAGCUACAUCCAAUAGUGUUACCAAUUCAGUUGACGCAACACAAUCAAGUCAACACUAUACAAAACAAGGUUCAUGGAGAAAACUAACGACUACAACAACACCUUCUCAUCAUCAACAUGGAACUCGUUCUACGGCUACCACAUGGGAAGGUAGCAGUGGUGGUGGUUCUCCUUCACCAGCUUCUCCACCCUCUUCCAGUUCUUCAUCUUCAUCAAUGACAAGCACCACAGCUCAAUGGACUUCUCGUACACCGUCUGCUCUAUCAAAUACUCUAAUUCGUUCAUCGAUUGGUCAAUCUGGUCAAUCAUUAUCUUCUCCACAAAAUCCUCCCAUAUCACCAUUAUUUAUAUCAUCGAAAAAUAGCACUAACAACAACUCUACCACCACUACUCGAAAACGAACAGUAAAAGUCCCAAAAAUUAGACAGAAAUCGCCUAUUCCUGCAGUUUCUGUUGCAUCAUCACCGCUACCACCACCAGCAUCAGUAUCACCCAUUAAAGAAAAUGCUCAUGAUUUAUCUCUCCUAUGUCCGUAUGAAAAUAUUAAAGAUUUGAACGAUGCUCAUCAAUGUAAAAUGUUAGAAAAAUAUCAGAACGAAAAUAAAACGUAUGAUCAACUGUUAAAUGAACAACCAGAAUUAUUUCUUGUACCUAUCGAACAAUUAUCGUAUGUUUAUAAUAAACAACUCGAUAAUAAUAGGACUACACAAAAUAUAGAUGAUGAUUUAACUACAUCAUCUUCCACAUUGACUACUGUUUUACCAUUAAGAACGUAUAAUACUGAAACAUUUUUGGCUUUACCCUACGUUGAUUUGCAAUUUGGAUAUGAUUUUCAAUUAGACGAAUUAAUUGUAAACGCUGAUACAAAUGGUUGA